GGCUAUAUCCAUACUACGAGAUUACAUUAGUUUACGGUCGUAAGCCUGAGGCAAGUUAAACCCUGAUAUAGCUCCGUUCUAUAUAUUUAUGACUCCCAAAUCGCCCAGCGCUGUCAUUUCCUAGCCACAGGGAACAGAGAACGCUCUUUUAUCUGAAGCCCAAAUGGCCAAUGACAGCCUCGUAUACGAGUUCCUCAAGCCAUCGUCGCUCGGAAGGUCUCUGCCAUCAACCUCCUAAUCGCGCUCGCCUCUCGACAAGAGCUUCAGACUCGAAGCCGCUGUCGGCUCCGGCCUCCAAGGAUCUGGUCAAGAAAGAAUCUUCCGCUCUCACUCCCUUCUCAGCCCCUGAUGAAUCUCCUAUCGUCUGGAAGAAGACCUAAUGUAUCAUUUGCAUAGGAAACGAGCGGCUUCUAUACGUCGAUCGGACGCGCACCUUUAACCGCGUUUCGCACAUGUGGGACCAUGUUGAGAAUGGUUGGAAAGCUGUCAGAGUAGGUCCAAUUAGUUAUCGAUUGCCUAGAGGCUCAUCUGACCAGGUAUAUCUUGGUUAGCCCAUUUUGGCUCUGUUGAUGUUAGUAAAAUUGACCCUAUGUGGACCAGGCGCGUCAGAAGCACUUUUGAAUACAAGUCGUUGAAUGUAUGUUGAAAUUAUAGGCUCGAAUAACUACCCGAAGUGUUUCGGGUCAGGAGGGCAAGUGCCUAACUUAAUACAAAAGUGAAUGUUGCACGAAAAAGAUAUGAGACUGAAAAGCAUAACAUCCUCCUCCGCUCUCCACUGUUACAAUUUGCUCCGUGGCAGACCUCGUCGCACUCAAUUCUAUCGCGCAGAUCAGCAACCAG